AUGACAAGAUUUUGCCUUUGUCUGAUUCUGUCGAUCCUUGGCACCAACGGGCUGGUAUCCUCCUUCCAGACGAUAGAUCCCUUGGUCCGCACAGGCAAGAACAAUGUGGGGUCGGUCAGAUCAAGAUAUUAUCCCUCUGGUUUGACUGGAGUGACAUCUACCAAUACACCAAGACCAGUUUCUUCUUCCUGGUCUGACAACCGUCUUUUUUCGCUGCGAGAGCUGGUCGAAGAUGUCAGCAAUCGUCCACCGGGAAAAGAGCCUAGCACCAUUUUUGUCGGCGGAAAAGGAGGAGUCGGGAAGACGACAACAUCCUCCGCUCUGGCUGUAAAAUUGGCAUCGGAUUAUGAAAAGGACUUGAAGGUACUCGUGGUUUCCACCGACCCAGCACACUCCUUGGGCGAUGCCCUCGAUGAAGAUUUGAGAAAAGGAAAAGGAAAACCCAUCAUGAUGACCGAUCCAAUUACCAGUGGAAGACUCUACGCGUGUGAAGUGGAUGCAUCCGCGGCUCUGGAGGAAUUUCGAAAAAACCUAGAAGCCUUUGACAUUACCAGAUUAGCCGAUGCCAUGGGGGUAUCUCCUGAUUUUCUCGAGGGUUUUGGAUUGGCAGAGUUUUCAGGUUUAUUAAACAAUCCACCACCAGGGUUAGAUGAACUUGUGGCACUCUCAAAUGUUUUGGAUACGGAAUCGGUGGCAGCCGAUUUUGAUGUGAUCGUUGUUGACACUGCACCCACAGGACACACCUUGAGACUGUUGGCACUGCCGCAAUUUUUGGAUGGCCUGCUGGGAAAACUCAUCAAGCUGCGAAUGAAACUAUCUGGCCUUGCAUCCACCCUACAAGCACUGUUUGGAAAUUCUCAAGGGGAACAAAGAGCUCAAGCGAUCGACAAUGCCGUAGACAGACUGGAAGCUUUCCGGAAAAAAAUGGCUCGGCUUCGUGCUCGGCUUCAGGACGCCACCACAACCAGCUUUGUCGUUGUCACCAUUCCCACCAAACUAGGAGUCAGCGAAAGCAAAAGGCUCAUGGCCGAAUUGGGCUCGCAAGGGGUCAGCGUCACGGAUGUGGUGGUAAACCAAUGCGUGGCAGAUUUUGAAGGAGAAUCUACCGAGGCGCUGGAAGGAUAUUACCAACGAAGGAUAGCUGGACAGGAGAAAUGGGUCGGCAAACUAAAAGAAGCAAUCGACCAAGUGAGUGCAACGCCAGAGUUUAAGGAGAAUGGAAGUGACAAACCCAUUACUUUGACGGAGGUUCCUUUCUUUGACGUCGAACUGGUGGGAGUCCCAGCUCUCUACUAUCUGGGCUCGCAGUGCUUUGUUGACAAUCCCAACUUUUCGCAUCUCAUGGAAGAGGGCAGAUCGGAGGACUGUAAGGUACUCAUAUGCGGUGGUAAGGGUGGAGUCGGAAAGACAACAACUUCGUCAUCACUGGCAGUAUCCAUGGCAGCCAAGGGGCACAACGUAGCACUCAUCAGCACGGACCCAGCUCACAGCCUCGGUGAUGCCAUUGAGAUGAAUCUAGCUGGAGGAGACCUCAUGGAUUGCCCACUUGUGGGUGUUCCUCCUGGAGAGGGGUCACUAUCAGUUUUGGAAGUUGAUCCAUCUCAGUCAAUCAGUCAAUUCAAAGGUGUAGUCGAUAAACUCAUUGGUGGUGGAGGCGACGACGAUGGCAGUGGCAUUCGCAAUACACUGAAAGAGUUGGAAGAAGUAUUCGACACAUUACCUGCAGGGACAGAUGAGGUUGUGGCACUGGCCAAGGUUAUCAACCUAGUCAAGAAGGGAGGCUUUGACCGUAUUGUAAUUGACACUGCACCCACAGGGCAUACAUUGAGGAUGCUGAGCACACCUGGCUUCUUGGCAGAAUUGAUUGAUCGUUUGCUGGCCAUUUCCGAGAAGGUAAAUUCCAAUGUGGCUGUCAAGAUGCUCGUCGCAAGUUCCGCCUCGAGUGAAGAGAUUGAGACAGCCGCUGCCACGGCCAAGUCCACUCUGCUGAAGUUUCAACUGCAAAUGUAUGACUUGGAAGAUCUCUUUGUGGAUCCAUGGCAGACUGAGUUUAUCAUUGUCACGAUCCCGACAGAGUUGGCGAUCCGAGAAAGCACACGGUUAUUGAAUGAUUUGACGUUUGAAGCUCCCGACAUGCCAAUCAAAGUGCGCAACGUGGUUGCCAAUCAAGUGUUGAAAGAUGAUGGCAGCGAUGCCAAGACCUAUCUGUCACAUGUUCAUCAGGGCCAAAUGAUAUCUCUCGGUGAACUACAAUCAGCCACUGCCGCCAUGACCAAACCGCCACGCGUCACGACAGUACCUUACAUAGACACGGAACCUCGUGGGGUGUUUGGAUUGAACAUUCUUGCAGAAGAGCUCCUAAAAGAAUAG